UAUUAAUAAAUAAUAAUCAUAAAAGUAAAAAAUAUUGAUAAUGAUUGACGUAUAAAAAUAGGAAAUUAUAAAUAUCUAUAUUUUAUAAAUAACAAAUCUAUGGUAAUAAUUCACGUGACAUGGAUAUUAUUAUCACCCAAAAUAUUAUUGAUAAUAUUAUAAACUUAUUUAAUUAUUUACUUGUCAUAGUUGUUAGUUGUUUUUAUAUUUUAUUCAUCAAAAUAAAAAUUUAGUUCACUGAAGUACAGCUAUUUAAAAUGAAUAAUCGAAGUAAAAAGCUUGUUGCAUUGUGCAAAAGUAAUAACAAAUCAAAUAAUGCUAAUCCUCAAACAAUUCAAUCUCUGAAUGUAAUCAAUGAAUCAAAGAUAGUGCAUUUAGAAAAUAAUAUCCAAGUCUCAAGUUCACAGAACUUUAUUAUGAAAAAAUUUCUGAAUGAUGUAAUUACAGUACCAAAAUCAAUUGACAUUGAUUAUCAAAACUAUAGUAACAAUAUUACCUCAUACAAUGAUCAAGACCUGAACAUACUAGAAUCAACUGAUAUUAAUACACAAUCAGUAACUGGACCAUCUCAGAUAGAUCUACCUAAUAAUAAUCUCACAGAAAACAAUAAUAAAGAAACUGAUACAUUAAUUAACAGUAAUACACCAGGUUCAAAUUAUAAUACUAGAUUUCAAUUAAAUAAACAAUAUUCUACUGAUCAAAAUGUACAUAAUAAUAAGAUAUUAUUAGAUAGUAGUGAUGAAUGUGAUGAUAGUGGUGAUGAAUGGCAACCCUAUAAUAAUAAAAAUAAUGCAAUUGACUCUGAUAGUGAUGGUGUGAUAGGGACCUGCAAUGAUGAAAAUAUUUUUGGUGUGAUAAACGUUACAGAAAAUACAGAAAAUAAGAAAACAGGAGAACAGAAUAUAAUUAAAUCAGUGAUAAAUUAUAUUAUUGAUGAAAUUUGCAAUCAAAGUAAAGACACAUUACUUGAAGCAUUAGAUGAAACCGUGAAUAGUCAAAGUAAAAAAUUGGUUAGAAGAGUAAGGGGUGAUGCAAGUAAAUGGAAAAAAAAUGUUAUUUCUAAAGAAAAAAAAAAAACUUAAAAAACCUAAGGCUAUUGAUUGUUCCCACUGUAAAUUUAAAUGCUCUAUUAAUUUUGAUGAAAGUUAUAGAAAUGAAGUUUGUAAUAAAUUUUGGGCUUUAGAUUAUAACCGCCAAAAAGAUUUUAUUUUAGCCAAUGUAAAUAUAAAAUCUGUCAAACGCCAUGUCCCAAUAACAAAUAUUAGAAAAGCUAAGGAAAACUCAAAAGUAUAUAGUUUUAAUAAUAAUACAGAACAUAAUAUUCAAGUUUGUAAACAAUUUUUCUUGAAAACAUUAUGUAUUAGCCAUGGGCCUGUAGAUAAAGCAUUUGAAGGAUUAGGCACAGACACUGGAUUAUUCAUGGACCAUGAUAAAAGAGGCAAAGCACCAUCGGUGAAUAAAUCUUCUGAUGAAAUUAUAGCUAAUAUUAAUUCACACAUAGAAAAAUUUCCUACAGUUGAAUCCCACUACUGUAGAUCUACA